GAAACAGGCAACAGAUUCAAAUUUAAAGUAGUGUUAGAGACCAGAGUUAGAGUUCAGCUAGUCAGCUGAUCAUAGUUCUUUCUAAGGUUCAAAGGACUGAGAAUCAAGGAAUAGGAAAAGGAUUUUAACUAGACAUUACAUUGUGGAGAAAUUUUAGGUAACUGAAGAUUAUAAUUUCUCCAAGAUCUUCUGCUGCAGAAUAUGAAAAUUUUGCUAUCUGGAAGAUUAUUGAAUGUUCAAGCAAACUGAAAAGAUGGAUGGCAAAAACUCAGCUCGUGAUAACAAUCUGUUAAUUGACUUCAGCAGCCCUCGGCCAAAGUACAAGCAGACAAAAUUACAUGUACAAAGUCCUCGAAUAGACAAAAUAAUUGAUUUAUCAGUAACAAUUCAAUCAAAUUCUGAUGUAAAUACCAAUCAGAUUUCACCAUUUAAGGAUCCCUUUGAAGAAGUAUUUGCUAAUGCUUAUUUGAACAAUAAGAUAGAGGAAGAUUCUACUAAGACGGAAGAUGAAAAACAAUCAACUACUCCUGAUAAUGUAAAACCAGAAAGCAGUAAACAUGAUCCAAAUGUGUCUGCAAAAGAAGAAGACAUUGUUCCAAUUGAAAUAACUCAAACAAAUGUUGAAAACAAAGAAGUUAUUCCCAGUGACAUAAAAACUUGUGUCAAGAAUAUUGAAGAAUCCAAGAAUACUUUACAAAACUCAGAUGAAAAUGUUGACAAUUCUUUCAGAUCAGAAGAAAGAGAAAACUGUACAAAACAGGAAAUUGUUCAAGAAAUUAAGGUACCCACAAUAAUUAAUGUUAAAAAGUCAAACGAAGUUACUGAGGAAAUUAUCGAGACUGAAAUUGUUCCAACUAGUGUUGGAACUGAAGGAGACACCACUUUUACGAAUAUGAAUACAAAUAACAUUACUCAAACAAAAAUUACUUCAAAGUCAGUGGUUGUUACAGAUGGUGAAGAUAGUCAGUCCUGUAUUUCUGUUGAUUUCUCAACAGAUGAGGGUUUGAAAGCAACAAUUGCCAAAAGAGUGAAUCGCUGCAUUCAGAAAGUGCUUAAUAACAGCCUAAAACAAAAAAAUAAAAAUGAAGAUAUUGGCAUGAAAAAGACUCUAAAUAAAAGAUCAUUGUCUUUUGUGUCACAAACAUCUAAAGUUGUGAAGUGUAACAGGCUGAAUAAGAGCUGUGAGCAGUUUAAUUUAGAAAAAGAAGAAUUGGUUAAUCCAGAAAGCUCAGGGGAAUCUCAUGAUAUUAGUCUCCUCAGCAGUGGAUCAGACGAGGAAUCAAAAAUGGAAGAUUCUGUAUUUCUGCCAACUGAAAAAGAUCUUGUUUUCAAAGAAGCUAAUAAAUUAGCUCGAACAUUUAGUAAAAUAGCCGAAAGUUUCUGUAACAUGUCAGAAUCUGAUAGUGAUGAUGAUCUGCUGACAUGCCAGCCUCGUUGGACCUACGCAGAGAGCAGUGAGGAUGAAGAGGAGAAACUACGCAAAGAUCCUGCCCUCAAUAUCCGUGUUAGUCUCACUAACUCUGUGACUAAAACAAAUACUCGACCUGACUCAGAUGCAUUGUCAGCGUUCAAGUCUAGACUUCGGCUCAACAGCUCUCAGUCUUCACCGGAGGAAACAGAUGUCAAAAAGAAUCUCCCGGUUCCUAUACCAAUUAAAAUGCCAGCUAUACCCACCAGUAUUUUACCUUCAGUUCCUGUCCCUAAAGUGAAACUGGAAGAGAAAUCCAUUAAGGUAGAGAAAACUAACAAAGAAUCAAAACGUGUUCCUAUGAAAGCAACAAUGCCUGUCCAGUGUAUGACAAAAGAUUCCAUCUUAGAUGAAGGUAAAACAAAGAAUCCACCUUCACCACCAGUGAAAAGGAAAAAUUCGGAAUCGUUAUUGAAAACUCCUACCAAGGAUGGAAACCAGUCAGAGAUACGGCCUGUGGCUUCCUCCACUCCAAAUAAAUCGGUGAUCAUUGGAUCGCCUAAUUUGAUGUCUACGUCUGCCAUCAUCCCUCCCAACAAACGGCACUCUCUGGGCACCGCUAAUGAGCACAAGAUUCGCACGCCUGAAGCUGAGACUAGGCAGAGGUCGAACUCAGCAUCUGGCAUUCCAACUCCCAGACAGGAUAUUCAGAAGAAAGCUCACAAAGCUUCACAGUUGAAAUUUCCAGCGAAACCCAAAUCGGCUUCUAGCCUUCAUCGCAUUAUAUCCAACAAUUCUUCUCAGAUGAGCAGUCCGCAUGAGAAAAAGGCUGGUAAAGUGAUGAAGACAAGUUUCAAUCCCAGAGCUCUGAAUGAGGUGAAGCUUCAACGCAAGUCUCCGAUAUCCAACCGUGUCAAGGGCAUAACCAGUGCAAUAACUGGUUUAGUAGCGGGAAAAAGCAAGAAGAGAAUUGCUGUUGGUGACAAAGAAAAUAGAGUUCCGUAUUAAACUAUGUAUUUUAAUGUGACAUUGUGUAUACUGUAUUUAGGUAUUGAAUUCAUGAAACAAGGUACAAAAGUUAUGGCAAACAUCAUAUCAUUUUUUAAAUAAAAUAAAAUUAGUAUUUGAUUUUUUUAUUCUUACCACAGCAAAACUGCAUUUAAAUUUUAAUCCCAGUUUUAGAUUUAUAAAUCAUUAUUUGUUUUAAAUUAUUAUUUC